ACCCCCUCGGCCCCCGGUACCCUGUGGUGUCCCUUUCUCAAGACCAGAGCUACCCGCCACGGUCCCCAUGGACGCCUGCCGAUCCCCACCCACACCAUGCUCCUGGGGUCCCCGAGUCCCCCAGUUCCUCCCCCGCCCUCUGACCCCCACGGACACGUUCGGAUCCUGCUGGGUCCCCUCGACCCUCUGCUCAGAAGGCGCAAACUACCCCCUCCCCGACUCCACGCCGCUCGCGAGCUGGGCGGCUCUCCACUCCCCACGCGACGCCGCCCGGUCUCGCUGCUCUCCUUCCUGCUGCUUCCCCGAGUCCCUGUCCCCUCGCCCCAACUGGCCAUCGGCACCCCACCCCGGCCCCGCCUCCCCGCGCCCAGGAGUACUGAGGUCCCCAGGAUCCCCCCGCUCGGGCUUCUCCCGUGGGAGCAAGAGGCCUCGAGCUGGGGUCCGGCCGCUGGUCCGGUCAAGUUGAGAGCCGGCGGGCCCGGGGUGGGACUCUCGCCGAGGAAGUGUCUGCGGCGCCGCCGACUCUGAGAGCUCACCCUUCAGAGGGGUCGCCGCAUUCCUGGGCUCAGCCGCCUCGCCCUGCCUCUGAGGGCUCAGGAUUCCGCUGGAAGAACCUCAGCCAGAGCCCUGAGCAGCAGCGGAAAGUGCUGACUUUGGAGAAGGAGGAGAACCAGACCUUUGGCUUUGAGAUCCAGACUUACGGCCUUCACCACCGAGAGGAGCAGCGUGUGGAGAUGGUGACCUUUGUCUGCCGGGUUCAUGAGUCCAGCCCUGCCCAGCUGGCGGGGCUCACACCAGGGGAUACCAUCGCCAGCGUCAACGGCCUGAACGUGGAAGGCAUCCGACAUCGGGAAAUUGUCAACAUCAUUAAGGCAUCUGGCAACGUUCUCAGACUGGAAACUCUGUACGGGACAUCAAUCAGGAAGGCGGAACUGGAGGCUCGUCUGCAGUACCUGAAGCAAACCCUAUAUGAGAAGUGGGGAGAAUACAGGUCCCUAAUGGUGCAGGAGCAGCGGCUGGUGCAUGGUCUCGUGGUGAAGGACCCGAGCAUCUAUGACACGCUGGAGUCGGUGCGCUCCUGCCUGUACGGCGCGGGCCUGCUCCCGGGCUCGCUGCCCUUUGGGCCUCUGCUGGCCGCCCCGGGAAGCUCCCGCGGGGGAGCGCGGCGGACCGGGGGCGAUUCGGACGAUGCAGUCUACCACACGUGCUUCUUCGGGGGCGCUGAGACGCCUGCGCCCCCGCCGCCGCCGCCACCGCCCCUCGCGCGCCUGCCGGGAUCGGGCGCGGCCGACGCUCCGGCCCCGGGGUCCCGGGCGAUGCUGAGCCGCAGCGCCAGUGUGCGGUGCGCGGGCCCCGCGGGCGGCGGCGGUGGCGGCGGCGGCGGCAGCGCCGCGCUCUGGACUGAGGCCCGCGAGCAGGCCCUGCGCGGCCCCGGCCUGCGCAAAACCAAGUACCGCAGCUUCCGCCGGCGGCUGCUCAAGUUCAUCCCCGGACUCAAUCGCUCCCUGGAGGAGGAGGAGAGCCAGCUGUAGGGGCGGUGGUGGGCGGGGGAACGUAUUUAUUUAUUUAUUCUUUCCAGCCAGUGCAAAAAGGGGGCGGGGGCGGUCGCUCGGCCGCCAAGGGGACCCCAAGAGCCCAGAGCAGCGGGGAAGGGUCCUUGGCAACCCCAGCUGGUCCUGGCUAGUUUCUGCAGCGUGGUGAACCCCAGCCCCAGGCCUCUUCACUCGUCCUCCCCCAAACUACACUGGGAGGUGGGCACAGGCGAACUGGAGAGUUCGGGGUUGGGAGAAGUUCUGGGGCCCAAAAUGGGACGUGCCGUCCUACAUCUGGGUCAGUAGUGCCUUGUGGGGUAUCCAGGAAAACUCCUCCUUCAGGUGGGGGGACCCUGUCCCACGAAGCCCUCUCCUCAGCUUUACUUGCUCCCCACCCUUGGCCUUGCGGAUAAAUGGCCUCCGCCCGGUCGUUCCCCUGCCCACCCCACACAGACACAGUUCCAGUUAUCCAGUGGGCGCCUGAGGGGGCCCAAGGUGCUGGUCUCCCUCCCUCUCAGCCUUGACCCCUAAGGGCUUGGCCCCCCUAGGGGCCUGUAACUAAGUGGGGUCCUCCUGGGCAGGGGUCCUGGGUCCUCUGCCUUGGGAGAUAGGAAUGGGCACAUCCGGGUGGGGUGAGGGCAGUACAGACUGUUCCACCGUUUUGCAUAUUGUUGCUUCUGAACCACAAACUGUAUAAAAUGGACGGUUUUUUGCA